CACUGAUUUUACCUCUGUGAUGUACAGAAGGUAGGAUCUUUUUUAAAAAAAAAAAGUUGGUUGACAUUUAGGUGCUCCAAAGCCAAGAGGUGCAUGCCAGAUGACAGGUGUGGCUUGCUGGCACACCUAAAUAGGAGAACACCUGUCAUUAAUGUCAUUAGCUUCAGCUGUGUCUUCACAUGAAAUUCUUUUGAAAUUUCAUUUUUAUUGCCUUCUUGUGAAGUUUGAAUGGCCAUUUGCUCCCAGUAGAAAGCUAUCGGGCUCCCACUGUCAUCAUGAACAAGACAGAAAAUGCUGCUUUUCUAUGUACAUUUUUCUCACCAAGGACAUUUUUACAUUCCAUUGUAUGAAAUGCACAGGUGUAGUUAAUGACAUUGACGAUGGCCAUUUAAGUGUCUUGGGUAAGCCAACAUCGAGUAACAACAAAUUUAACAGCAAGCAUGCUGUCUUUUAGGGUCAGUUUGUUUUGACUGUUGUUUCUUCAGUCAUGAAAAUGAGUAGCGUUUGUUUAUUAAGUUUGUUCAGGCAUAAAAUAUCAAGUCAGUUCCAUUCUUUUAAGGAAUUUUCUUAAAAGUCUGCGUACAUUAACAUAUUAUCAAUAACUGUAGCUGUCUUUAUUUACAUACAUAGAAAAAAAAUACCCUGAGGCCACUAGUUUCCGUCCAGUGUAAGUAGGAACCUUUAAAUAGACAAAGUAGUACUCGUUUCGCUACGGAAUGUUUUUGUUGAUGCACGCUCCUCUAUGAGUGAGUGCAUUAAGUUGGAGUAACGUUAAAUCGAAGGAGCUGAAGCUUUUAAUAUAAUUGAUGGGAUUUGUGUUGCGAAAAACACGACACAGAAACUGUCGCUGAAACUCGGAUACUGAAGGAGACCUCCGUGGCCUCGUUUUUGGUAAAAAUGGUUGACUGGAGUCCGAUAGCGAAGGUGUACGACCCGCUGAAAGCUGGCAGCAUCGACGGCACGGACGUGGAGCCCCAUGACCGGGCGGUAUGGAGGGCUAUGGGUGCCCGCUAUAAGCCCAACAAAGGUGUUGUGGGGGACCCACUGCUGACCCUGUUUGUGUCCCGUCUGAACCCCCAGACAACAGAGGAAAAACUCCACCAAGUCUUCUCCAAGUACGGAGACAUCCAGCGGCUGAGGCUGGUCCGGGACAUCGUCACGGGCUUCUCCAAAAGAUACGCCUUCAUUGAGUACAAGGAGGAGCGGUCUGUCGUCCGGGCCCGCCGGGACGCCAACAAGCUGGUGGUGGACCAACAGGAGGUGUUCGUGGAUUUUGAACAGGAGAGGACCCUCAAAGGGUGGGUCCCCCGGCGGCUCGGCGGAGGGCAGGGAGGGAAGAAAGAGUCCGGACAGCUGCGGUUCGGUGGCAGGGACAGGCCCUUCCGGAAGCCCAUUAACCUCGGAGUCGGUCCGGUGCAAGAACGGGGAGGAGGAGGUGGUGGGGGAGGCGGAGGGAGGGAGUGGGAGAGACAAGGUGGUAGAGACAGGGAGGACCGGGACCGACACAGAGAGCCCGAGUGGGGCAGCAGAGGGAGGAGAGACGACCGGGACAGAGGCAGAGAGAGGGAUGACCGCAGGCACGGAGACAGGAGCAGACACCGGGACAGGAGGUGAAGCCCGCGAUCACAGACCUGGUGGUGAAUCCAAAGAACUGAGCUCACCGGUUCAGAGGAAGUCUGUGAAAGGUGUUUAGACACGCAGUCCAGCUGUUUGCAUCAAGUAGGAGGAGUUGGGCAGUGAAGGGGACUGGACUGGGCUCUGGAAACGAUGAGCAUUUCAAUGAACUGAUUACAAUCUCAUGACGUCUCGAUAUCGUCCUGAGUGUGAAAUGACAAGUUUUCUGGUCGCUGUCCCAUCAGACUCUGACGUGAUGUCAUCCUGGAGCAGCCACUUUAGACUGGCACUCUAGAGCAUUUCUGUAUUUCUCAGGGGGAUCUGACAUACACAUGCUUUUGUAAAGCAGUGUAAUAAUUCAUCACAUUAAGAACAUAUUAAUUGGACAUUACGAUGAUGGACAGUUUUUACAUUAUUGAUGUCGUCCAUCACAAGAAGCAACCCAAGCUUUAAAAGCACCACCUGCAGAUAACUGAACAAAAUGCCUUUUAAUAUUGUUAUUAUACAGCAACAUGUAAAGCACAUGUCCGAUUCCACCAGUAACAUGAUGUAUUUCAUCCUAAGUGAGACAAUUCAACUGUUCUGAAAUUUGAGAUGUGUAUGUAGUGUUAUUAUUUUUAAAUGCUAACAUUUUUGGAGUCAUAAAAAUGAUGACGCUUUGUGCAACAUUCACUCUAUAAAUGAGGGAAGAAAACCAAAUAAACUAAAAACAACUAUAACACAAUGGUGUCAUUUACCUCCUUUCUUGCGCAGAAGUUAGAACGGUUUUCCUUUAUCGUUGUUUUUGGGUUGCAUUUUGCUGGUGGCAGAGACAUUUUUUUCAAUGUCAUAUGCGUCUCUCUCACCCUCAAGUUUGCCCUGUAAUUGUCAUGGAUACAAAAUACAUCUUCAACUAAAUGUAAAGUUCACCAAAAGCUGCAUUAGUCACCAACACCUUUUAUUAUGUUUUUGUUGUUGUUGGAAGUCAAUAGAGUUGGAUUCUUGAUAUUUUAAUGCUGUGUUUACAAUAAAAAUGGUGCAAAAUGCACAAAAUCAUA